AUGACAGACCUGAUAUUUGCAGAGAGGGAGCUUGUCCAAUCCCUGAAAGAAUACAUUGAAGCAGAAGAGUUGAAACUCGAAGCUGUGAAGAGCUGGGCUAAUAAACUGGAUAUGUUGACCCAUGCAUCCACGUCGGACCCUGAAGGCUUCCUGGCUCACCCGGUGAACGCCUACAAGCUGAUGAAGAGACUCAACACCGAGUGGUCCGAGUUAGAGAGUCUGGUGCUGCAGGACCCGUCAGAUGGCUUCAUAUCAAACAUGUCUGUGCACAGACAGAAUUUCCCUGAUGAGGAGGACGAGAAGGGAGCAGCCAAAGCGCUCAUGCGUCUUCAGGACACGUAUAAACUGGACUCGGAAAGUUUCUCCAAAGGCAAACUGCCAGGGGUGCGCUACAACGCUCAGCUGACAGUGGAUGACUGCUUUGACAUGGGGAAACUGGCCUACAAUGAGAAUGACUACUAUCACUCAGUGCUGUGGAUGCAGCAGGCGCUCAGACAGAUGGACUCGGGAGAAGACGCCAAGACGCCCAAAGCUGAUAUUUUAGAUUAUCUGAGUUACUCCGUCUAUCAGAUGGGUGACCUGUCACGAGCUAUCGAACUCACCCGACGCUUGGUGGCCAUCGAUCCCAGCCACCAGAGGGCAGAAGGAAACCUGCGCUACUUUGAGCGGCUGCUCUCUAAGGAGCUGAGGGACUUGGGUCGGAGCCAGCAGGAGCCUGCGGACGAGAGGCCCAUUCAGCUGGACACUUAUGAGCGGCCCAAAGACUACCUGCCCGAGAGAGAGGUGUACGAGGCCCUCUGCAGGGGAGAGGGAGUCAAAAUGACUUCAAAGAGACGUAGCAGACUGUUGUGCCGUUAUCAGGAUGGCAACAGGAACCCACGUCUGCUGCUCAAGCCAAUGAAGGAGGAGGAUGAGUGGGACAGUCCUCAUAUCGUUCGCUUUCUGGAGGCCCUCUCUGAUGAAGAGAUAAAGAAGAUCAAGGAGCUGGCCAAACCCAAGCUUGCAAGAGCCACAGUCAGAGACCCAAACACAGGUGUUCUGACGGUCGCCCAUUACAGAGUUUCCAAAAGCGCGUGGUUAGAAGAGGAAGAUGAUCCAGUGAUCGCUCGGGUCAAUCAGAGAAUAGAGGACGUCACUGGAUUAUCUGUAAACACCGCAGAACUUCUACAGGUGGCUAACUAUGGCGUUGGAGGUCAAUAUGAACCACAUUAUGAUUUCUCAAGGCGUCCUUUUGACGGCAACCUCAAGGUUGAUGGAAAUAGACUUGCCACCUAUCUGAACUACAUGAGUGAUGUUGAGGCUGGUGGGGCGACGGUUUUCCCUGAUUUCGGUGCUGCUUUUUGGCCUAGAAAGGGAACAGCUGUGUUCUGGUACAACCUCUUUAAAAGCGGAGAAGGAGACUACAGAACCAGACAUGCGGCCUGCCCUGUUCUAGUCGGCAGUAAAUGGGUUUCAAACAAAUGGAUCCAUGAGAGAGGACAAGAGUUCAGACGCCCAUGUGGCCUGACUGAAGAGGACUGAUCCUGAGCUCGGUUCCAGCUGCAGUUCUGCAAACACGGACACAAUCAGACACUCCAGAUUCCUCAGGAACGCACAUGAGUUCCAGUCAGGCAGGCUGGGGUUUGUGGGCCAUUUCUCUUUUAUUGAGUGUUUUCAUUCACCUCUUCCUUAACAUUUCUUGGCAGAUUAAACCGGAGUAUCGUGUCAUGACAGAAAUCCCAUCGUGUUUAUGUAAUGCAUAAAUUAUUGUCCUGUUCUUCAAUGUUUAUUUUAGAUUCUUAUAUGGUUUGCAAUAAAAACGUCGGAA